UUUAGGACAUACCUAUCAGAAGCAGGGAUUGAAUCCCAGCUGACUGCACCCGGCACGCCCCAGCAGAACAGGGUUGCAGAGCGAAGAAACAGAACUCUUAUGGAAAUGGUUAGGUCGAUGAUGAGUUAUUCGAAGUUACCAGAUUCGUUUUGGGGAUUUGCAUUAGAGACAACAUGUUACAUUCUGAAUUCUGUUCCUUCAAAAUCAGUAGACAAUACUCCUGAUGAGUUGUGGAAAGGGCGCAAGCCUAGUUUCUCACAAAUUCGAAUUUGGGGUUGCCCUGCACAUGUCUUAGUGCAGGAGGCUGGCAAGUUGAAGAAACGAUCAGAAGUGAGACUGUUUGUCGGCUACUCCAAGGAAACAAAAGGUGGUUUAUUUUAUAGUCCUGAGGAUCAGAAGGUGAUUGUUAGUACGAACGCUAGAUUCUUGGAAGAAGACUGUAUCAUAGAUCAUAAGCCCAGUAGUAAACUUGUCCUAGAGGAGUUAGGGAGAAAUAUCGAUAGUUCCCCACCGAGUGCGCAAGUAGAUACAUCACAUAGUACUACAACACGUAACACUGAUAGUGUGCCAGUACAGACGGCACCUCGUCGUAGUGGGAGG